GGUAGGCAUUGAGGCAUAUAUGUGGGGGCAACCCGGUGUAGGUGCAGUUGUGAGGAUUUGUGUAUCAAAUGGUGCUGAGUGGAGAUGUGAUGGUGUGGAUUUGGGGGCGCAGCGGUGACGAUUUGGAGAUGCAGAAGCAGUACUGUGGGGUUACGGUGCCAGCAACCUGGGGGCUGCGCUCCAGGAGAUCGGAGGCUGCAGCGGUGGGGUUUUGGGGUUGCAAUGGUUGCAGCACGGGAUGCGGCUGCACCGUUUUGCCAGGGGGCUGCGUUGAUGCCCACAGCCCUGCGUUUCCCCCCCUCCCUCAUGCUGAGCCCCCCCUGCUCCAUUAUCAGCGCGGCGUGCCGGAUCAGUGGGGCCAUGUGACGCUGGCGGCAGCUGGUGGCCCCGUGGCAGCUUGUUUGCUGCAGGCGAGCAGCCCGGGCGCGCUCGCUUUGUUCCAUAAGCUGCAGCCCCGCCGCCACGAGCUGCUUACUGCAUGAGCCAUGAGUCGAAGUCGCCUUCCUUAGGAAUGCUCUCCACCGCCACUCGCACCACCGCCACCGUCAGCCCCCUGACCCCCUCCCCUCUCAACGGCUCCAUCGUCCCCAAUGGCAGCCCGGCGGCCAGCAGCACUUUGUCCGUCCAGGCAGCGCCGUCCUCCAGCUUCGCCGCCGCCCUGCGCAAACUCGCCAAGCAAGCUGAGGAGCCCAGAGGUUCCUCGAUAAGCAGCGAGUCGUCGCCCGUCUCCUCACCAGCCACCAACCACAGCUCACCUGCCAGCACGCCCAAACGUGGCCCCAUGGGCCCCAUCAUUGUGCCCCCGGGGGGACACAGUGUGCCCAGCACGCCGCCCGUCGUCACCAUCGCCCCCACCAAGACAGUCAAUGGGGUGUGGAGGAGCGAGGGCAGGCAGCAAGAAGCAGGGUCACGAGGCAGCAGCAGCAGCAGCCGUGAACGGCUCAUCUCUGAGCCCCCUCUGACACAGGAGAAAGCAGGGGCUCCCACGGUCCCAACGCACCUCCUGGGCACUCCAUACUCCUUUGGGCUGCCCCCCAGCUCUGUGGUCCAGGACUCCCGCUUCCCACCUCUCAACCUGCAGCGUCCCGUGCACCACGUGGUGCCACCCAGUGCUGUCACUGAGGAUUACCUGCGCAGCUUUCGGCCCUACCACACAGCUGAGGACCUCCGCAUGUCCUCACUGCCACCUCUUGGCUUGGACCCAGCUGCAGCUGCUGCGUAUUACCACCCCAGCUACCUGACACACCACCCCUUCCCUCACCCUGCCUUCAGGAUGGACGACUCCUACUGCCUCUCAGCGCUGCGGUCCCCCUUCUACCCACUGCCGGCCCCAGGCUCGCUGCCCCCCCUGCACCCCUCUGCCAUGCACCUGCACCUGUCAGGUGUGAGGUACCCUGCCGAGCUCUCGCACUCCUCGCUCUCCGCACUGCAAUCGGAGCGCAUCUCCAGCCUGGCUGCUGAGAGGUUGCAAAUGGAUGAGGAGCUGCGGCAGAGGGAAAGGGAACGCGAGAGGGAACGGGAGAAGGAACGGGAGAGGGAAGCGGACCGGGAGAGGGAGAAGGAACGGGAACGGGAGCGUGAGAAGGAGCUGGAGAGGGAACGUGAGAAGGAGCGGGAGCUGGAAAGGCAGCGGGAGCGUGCCCGGGAGAAGGAGCUGAGCAUGGUGAAAGCCAUGGAGAGCCCCUUCCUGCCUGUGGCCGAGCUCCAUGCUCUGCGGGGGCACCCGGCUGAAGAGCGCAGCAAGCUGCCGGAGCCCGGCAGAGCAGAGAAACUGAAGGACUCGGUGCUGCCCACGCCGAAGCCCCUCCAGCACCCUCUGCACCCACCACCCACCUCGCACCACCCCGUGCCCAGCCUCAUCCCCAACCACAACGUCUUCCCCCUGCCCGGCAGCAGCGCGGCCACGGCGUUGCUCAUCCACCGCACCAACGAGGAGGAGAAGUGGCUGGCCCGGCAGCGCCGCCUGCGCCAGGAGAAGGAGGACCGCCAGUCCCAGGUGUCAGAGUUUCGCCAGCAGGUGCUGGAGCAGCACCUCGACAUGGGGCGCACCCCGAGCCAGCCUGAGCCCGAGCACCGGCCUGACAACCCCAGGUCGGGACCAAGCCGCCAUGAGCCGAGCAUCCGUGAGCCAGGGCAGCACUUCGGUGGUCCGCCGCCACUCAUCUCCCCCAAACCCCAGCACCACCCCAUCACCACAUCCCUCUGGAACCCUGUCUCCCUGAUGGAGAGCCCCUCGGAGCCCCCCCGGCGCCUCCCUGAGCCUCACGUCCUCCACGGCCACCCGGCCCCCUUUGAACCCAGCCGGCAGGGCAUCCCACUGGUGAAGGUGGAGAGAGUCUUCUGCCCCGAGAAGCUGGAAGACAGUGCCAGGAAAAGGGAUGCGCUGGAGAAAUACCCCCUGCCACGAGAGCCCAGCGCUGCGGAGCACACAGGCUUCACCCACACACCAUUCCUAGCCGAGCUGGAGAAAUCCACGCAAAGCAUCCUGAGCCAGCAGAGACCCCCGGCCACCCCUUUUGGGGAGGUGACCAAGCCCAGCUCGCCCUACAGACCCCCCCAGCCCCGCGCACAGGACCCCAUGUACAUCUAUGAUGAGUUCGUGCAGCAGCACCGCAGGUUGGUCAGCAAGCUGGACCUGGAGGAGCGCCGGCGACGGGAAGCCAGGGAGAAAGGUUACUACUACGACCUGGAUGACUCCUGCGAUGACAGUGACGAGGAGGAGGUGCGGGCACAUCUCCGGUGCGUGGCCGAGCAGCCCCCGCUGAAGCUGGACACAUCCUCUGAGAAGCUGGAGUUCCUGCAGCUCUUCGGCCUCACCACGCAGCAGCAGAAGGAGGAAUUACUGAGCCAGAAGCGGCGCAAGCGCCGGCGGAUGCUGCGGGAGCGCAGCCCCUCACCACCCACGGUGCAGAACAAGCGCCGCACGCCCUCCCCACGCCUCCCCCUCUCCACCCGCUACAGCCCCGACGAGAUGAACAACAGCCCCAACUUCGAGGAGAAGAAACGCUUCCUCACCAUCUUCAACCUCACGCACAUCAGCGCUGAAAAGAGGAAAGCUUCCCAUGCGGCAGACAAGGAGAAGCUGGUGGAGAUGCUGCAGGCCAUGAAGCAGAAGCCAACGCCGGCCGCCGUGGUGGUGAAGAGCUCUCCACGGGACAGCCCCAGCGGCCCCGCUGCCGAGCCACCGCUGCUGCUGGACCCGGAUAAGCCCGUUGGCAUCGUAGCCUCAGUGCCCGAGGUGCAGAAGCCAUCAGAGCCGGGCAGAGUGGAGCCUUUGAGGACUGCAGAGCUGCCCAGGGUGAAGGAGCCGGCUGAGAAGCCUCGGCUGAGCGACGGGCACUCGGGGAAGAAGGCACUGAGCAUCCUCAGCUAUGUCAGGGGCCCUCUGCCCAAGGACGUCCCUGUGCCGCUGUCCCACAGCAUGAAUGGCAAAAGCAAGCCUUGGGAGCCCUUUAUUGCUGAGGAGUUUGCCCACCAGUUCCACGAGUCUGUGCUGCAGUCCACGCAGAAGGCGUUGCAGAAGCACAAAGGGGGGACGGCGGAGCAGAACCACAAGCUGGAUGCCUCCAUCCACUACAACAUCCCUGAGCUUCAGGCCUCCAGCCGCCCUCCUGCCCCACACAAUGGCACGGCCGAGGGGCACCGGGCGCUCGCCCCACCGCUGCCACGGGACCGCCGUGACUCGGCCUCUGAGGAUGAGGAGGAGGAAGACGAGGAGGAGGAUGAGGAGGAGUGCCCCAGGCCCAAGUGGCAAGGGAUCGAGGCAAUUUUUGAAGCUUACCAGGAACAUAUAGAAGAACAAAACCUGGAGCGCCAAGUGCUGCAGACACAGUGCCGGCGGCUGGAGGCCCAGCACUACAGCCUGAGCCUGACGGCAGAGCAGCUUUCGCACAGCAUGGCGGAAUUAAGGACCCAGAAGCAGAAGAUUGUCUCAGAACGAGAGAGACUGCAAGCAGAGCUGGAUCACCUGCGGAAGUGCCUUGCCUUGCCUGCAAUGCAGUGGUCUAGGGGUUAUUUCAAGGGGUAUCCCAGGUGACCCUCCUUGGGCUAUAGGCCGAACAUAUAGUCUAGAAAUAAUAAUCUAUUUUAUUACCUUGAAUAUUUAAUAUUUUUCACUGGGAGGUUUGAAGCUAAAAAAAAAAAAAAAAUAAUAAUAAAUAAAAUAAUAAUAAUAAUAAUUAAAAAAAACAAAAAGCAAAGCAACAAAACAAAAGCAAACGGAGAAUGUGCCAUGCAUGAAGCAAAGGGCGGCGGAGGGGGGGGAUGUGAGGGAGGCUGGGCUCUGACCUUGUGUCCCCCCCCCCCCCCCUCCUUC